AUGUUAAUGGAAGCAUACGGAGACCAGAACUUGAUAUUUCAGGUGACUUUGCCACUUAAUCUUGUUCCAGGUUACAACACGGUAGUCUUGAAGCUACCAUAUACAAUUGGUGACAAUAGUGAUGGUGAUGGCAGUGACGAUAACGAUGACACUGAUGAUAGCAACUGCGGCGAUGGGACUGACGAUGAUGACAGUUGGGACAAUGAUGAUGACAAUAGGGAUGAUCAUGGUGACAGUGGGUACAGUAUUGAUCACAAUAAGGAUAAUGGUGAUGACAAUAGGGACAAUAAUGAUGACAACAGGGACAAUGAUGAUGACAAUAGGGACAAUGAUGAUGACAAGGAUGAUAAUGGUGACAGUGGGUACAGUAUUGAUCACAAUAAGGAAAUGACAAUGGUGAUAGGGACAAUAUGGGACAAUAGGGACAAUGAUGAUGACAAUAGGGACAAUGAUGAUGGUAAUAAGGAUGAUAAUGGUGACAAGGACAAUGGUGAUGACAAUAGGGACAAUAAUGAUGACAAGACGGACAAUGAUGAUGACAAUGUCAAUAGGGACAAUAAUGAUGACAAUACGGACAACGAUGAUGACAGUAGGGACAAUGAUGAUGACAACGAUGAUACUGGUGACAGUGGGGACAAUGAUGAUGACAGUAGGGACAAUGAUGAUGACAACGAUGAUACUGGUGACAGUGGGUACAAUGAUGAUCACAAUAGGGACAACGAUGAUGACAACAGGGACAAUGAUGAUGACAAUAAGGACAAUGGUGAUGACAAUAGGGACAAUAAUGAUGACAAUACGGACAAUGAUGAUGACAUUCCAGUGGCAGACAAAACACGCUCCAUCAUCCUACUGCCCAAACGAGGCCUUGUGGUGCCAUCUGAAUACUGCAGCUUCGGCAACGACAGCAGGGCGCUGGUUAGGGUCACCCCCAGAGUCUGGGUCAGUCCAUGA